GGCUCGCUGGUGAAAACGCAAUUGUUGUACGAGCUCUUGGAGCAGCUAUCCCUCGAGCCAUAAAUUUAUGCUUACAGUUCCAAAAGAAUCAUCAUAACGUUUUAGAUUUAGAUGUUUCUACAUCCACUGUGCAUUUAGCUGAUGAUCUAGAACCAUUGGACGAUGAUCAAGAUUACAAAGUAGCAACUAGAUCGAACUCGUCGAUUACAAUAAAAAUUAAACGAAAAGAAGAUCUCAGAGCGAACGCAGAAUCAUCUCAUUAAUUCAAAAUGAUGUUCACGAUCGAAGAGUUCUCACAAUGGUUGGGACUAACGCAAUUCGAAAUAUUGAUCCAAACCAUUUGUUUAUUAGUGUUCACCGGACUAUUAACUUAUCAUAUUGAUUUCAUGAACGGUGACGUAACGUCCAACAUUUGGUGGAUAUUUGCACCUUUAUUCGCUGCUAACGUAAUUAACGCUUAUUUCUGCGUUAUUGUUUUUAUUCGCACUUGUCUCGAGAGAACAUUUAAAUCGGCUAUUUUUCGCGCCCUCUGGUCGUCGACGGUUAUCGGUAUCCUAAUGUUGUUCGAAUACAUGCUAUGCCAGAAACUAAUUGGAGGAAAUUCGUUGGAUACAUCUGAAGUAGUUUCACCCAUCUUACUGUUAUUACAAUUACUCGCCGUUCGAGCCUGCCAAAUACAAUAAAAGGUGUACCAACAACGUUCGAAUAUUGGAACGGAUCGUCAUCCACUUUAUUCCUCAGUAAUGGUAAUAGCAAUAGCUCGUGGAUCGGAAUUGACUUCCAGUGGUUGAUCCCUUUGGAAAGUAUACAUUCGAAAUUAAAAUGG